AUGUUCUGCAGAUUUGAAUUAACAGCCGGGUCUGUGGUGGCAACGUUUGCCAGGACACUGACACUGAUCAUCUGCCUUGCUGCUGUUGGGUCUCCAGUUUCGAACAAUAAACAUUCAGUUCUAGUCAUCGUCGGAGGUACAGGAGACCUGGCAGAGAAGUAUCUCUGGCAGAGUGUGUUUGAUGUUUACCUCUCCAUUGUAGAAAAUCGUCAUGAUGAGUCCAAUUGGAGUCCAACUCCGGUAAAUCACACGAUCGAUUUUUAUGCCGCUGGUAGAUCACAACAAGACAAAGGAAGUGUGAUUCUGAACAAAAUUCUAACGACUGCCGUUAAAUGUGAUGUAGACAGUGAGAGACAGUGUUUGAAAACACUGACUGAGUUUAUAGACAAAGUGACAUAUAUAACUUUACUGGAGGAUGAAGAUUAUGCUCUGGUGUGUUCAGAGCUGACACGCAAGUUUGUCAACUUUCCUGCUAGUACAACAAGAGAACUCAUCUUGUUUGUCGCCAUCCCACCAGAUGCAUAUGAGGCUGUCUUAGCGAAAUUUCACAAACACUGCUCAGCACUACGCAGUCACAACGUCAGUGUCAGACUUGCUGUGGAGAAACCAUUUGGUUUGGACAAGGCGAGUGCUGAGACAAUGUCUAAUAAAAUGCUGUCAUACUUUGAGGAGGAGGAUAUCUACAGGGUAGAUCAUUAUCUUGGGAAAUCGGUUGCAAAGGCCAUACUUCCAUUCAGGCAUCUCAACCCCAACUUUGAAAAAAAUCUGAACAAAGAUUUUGUAGAAAAAGUUGAAAUAUUCAUCAAAGAAACUGUUGGUGUUGAAGAUCGUUUAGAAGUCUACAAUACCAUGGGAGUUCUCAGAGACAUUCAUCAGAACCAUCUAACUCAGUUAUUGAUUCUUGUCAGUAUGGAUUUGCCUUCUGACAUGAACAACACAGUUGAAGUCCAUCAGAAUAAGGAACGGUUACUGAAACAGAUAGAACCAGUCACUAGGCACAAUUCCCUCUUUGGUCAGUACAAGACGUAUGCAGGAAAUGCCAAGGACCUUGAGUCGAACAAUACUGGUAACUCACCAACAUUUGCUGCGUCAGUGGUGAAAAUAAAUUCUCCAAGAUGGCGCAGUGUUCCCUUUUUGCUUGUCUCGGGUAAACAGUUAGAUGUCAGAGAAAGUUUUAUUAGAAUUGUGUUUAAAGAUAACUAUGUGUGUGUUUCCCAUUGUGCACAUAAAAACCUGGAAGAGAAAGGAAAGAAUGCGAAACAAAUAAUUUUCCACAUUGGACAUGGUAGUCUUCAUAGACCAUCAAUUUUGGUCUCAAAAUCAUUUGAGAAAGCUCAUUGCCCAGAACAUUUUAAGGAAUCUUUGGAUGUUAACUCAUUAUCAACUCAUGCAGUCUAUGGAGACAGCUUAAAGCAGUUUUAUGUAUGUACUGUUCUAAAAGACAUUCCAGCAUAUGUCUCAAUAUUUGCAGACAUCCUGGCAAAUAGGCAGGAACAUUUUGUUAGUACAACUCAGCUGCUUCUGUCCUGGCAGAUGUGGGAUUAUAUAACUAGCGCUCCUAAGAAGAUCCGCAUUUAUGAACAUUCUGAUCCUCAGGGCCACCUGAACUUUAUUGUUAAGGAAAGUCAGCUGGAAUUUGCUAAAGAUAUUGGCCCCGAAAGAGAUGGUGAUAAUGAAAGAGUGGUUUCUCGUAAAAGUGAUGAGCAUAAGUUCAUGCAGACGGCAGCAACGUUUCUAGGUCAGAAGCUUGUUACCAGCCACACUGAUCAUCUGGCAUUUCUGUUGGCAAGAGACAUAGACAAAGCUGCCGGAGCAGACAUCCAGAGCAAAGGAUCAUUCCACAUUGCAUUCUCUGGUGGAGUUUCUGUUCAGAAGAUUUUCCAGGUCCUGGCUCAUUCUUUUGCAAAUCUUCACUGGCAGUCCAUUCAUGUAUGGCAGGUGGACGAGAGGUGUGUCCCUCAUCAGGACGAACGUUCCAAUUUUCAGAUGCUUGAUCGGGAACUACUGCGGUUUGUAGACAUUCCUUACUCCAACAUUCAUGCCAUGCCUGUCUAUACGGGAGGCCGUUUAUGUGAUCCCGAGCUUGGAGGGGCCCACGCUUACGCAGAAUCUUUACGCCACAUUGUUCCAAACUCACAACUAGACUUCAUUGUGUUGGGUCUUGGCACAGAUGGUCACACAGCCUCGCUGUUUCCGAUGAGCGCCGACCUUCAUGUGGAUAGCAACACUUUUGUCAUCACAACAGAGGAUGGACCACGAGGCACAGAACGUCGUAUGACCAUGACCCUGCCAUUAAUCAACCGAGCCAAAAGAGUGACUAUUUUUGUCACUGGGUCACAAAAACAAGAGAUUGUCAGCAAACUGGAGACUGACACCUUACAGUCUGUGGAGCAUUACCCCAUCCUGGGUGUCAACCCUGUCAAUGGGACACUUUGUUGGUACAUAGACUACAGUGCAUACACAGAGGAUUAG